UUCUAAUAGGAGUUCUUUAAAAUAAAACAUUUGUUAGCUAAUUUAAUAAGAAAACUAAUUUCCUGCAUCAAUAGUAAGAAGAAAAAAUAUAAAAAUGAACGUGAUACAAGCAGUCAAGAUGUAUAUAACGAAGAUGACCGAGGAAAGUGGGCCAGGAAUGAAAGUUAUUCUCAUGGAUAAAGAAACUACCAGCAUCGUGAGCAUGGUGUUCAGCCAGUCGGAGAUCCUCCAGAAGGAGGUGUACCUGUUCGAGAGGAUCGACAGCCACUCCAAGUGGGACAACCUCAAACACAUGAAGUGUAUUGCCUUCCUGCGGCCAACGUCGGAAAACAUAGCCCUGCUGUCCAGAGAAUUGCGGUACCCGAAGUAUGGUGUCUACUUUAUAUAUUUCAGCAAUGUGAUCUCGAAAGCUGACAUAAAGACGUUAGCCGAGUGUGACGAACAGGAGACAGUGAGGGAGGUGCAAGAAGUGUUCGCCGACUACCUGGCCGUUGACAGACAUCUGUUCUCCUUCAACAUUGUUGGGUGCUUGCAUGGUCGUUCCUGGAACCAGAGCCACCUGCAGCGCUGCGCGCAAGGCCUGCUGUCCGUGUUGCUCUCGCUGAAGCGGCGCGCGGCGCUCCGCUACGAGGCGGCGUCGGAGCCCUGCGCGCGCCUCGCCGAGAGAGUGCGCGACCUGCUGCGGCGCGAGGCGGCGCUCGUCGACAACAACGUGCCGAUUAACGGCGACUUGCCCACGCCGCUGCUCCUCAUUGUUGAUAGGAGGGAUGAUCCCGUCACGCCGCUUUUGAGUCAGUGGACGUACCAGGCGAUGGUGCACGAGCUGCUGACGCUGCACAACCACCGCGUGAGCCUGGCGCACCUCCCGGACGUGCACAAGGACUUCAAGGAGGUGGUGCUGUCCGCCGAGCAGGACGAGUUCUACGCCAAGAACCUGUACUCCAACUUCGGUGAAAUCGGUCAGACCAUGAAGUCUCUGAUGGAGGAGUUCCAGAAGAAAGCCAAGAGCCAUGAGAAGGUCGAGAGCAUCGCAGACAUGAAGAGCUUCGUGGAAGCGUAUCCGCUCUUCAAGAAAAUGUCGGGCACAGUAACGAAGCAUGUAACGGUGGUUGGCGAGUUAUCGUCUAUGGUGGCCAAGCGAUCUCUGCUGGCCGUUUCUGAGCUAGAACAAGAGCUGGCCUGCCAGAGCGACCACGCCAAACAUCUUCAGCGCCUAAAGGCCCUGCUAGCGAACGACUCCGUCCGUCACCACGACGCGGCCAAGCUGGUCGCUCUCUACGCUCUCCGUUACGAGAAGCACGCCUCCAACGCCCUAGGGACCCUAGUCGAAGCCCUGAAGGCCCGGGGAUGCCCUGAACCACUUGUCAAGAAUGUUUUAUUAGUGUUGGAGCAUGGAGGUGCUCAUGCCAGGCAGAGUGACUUGUUUGGACUGCAGGAUGCUGUGAAAAUCACUAAAAGGCUGUUCAAGGGCCUCAACGGCGUCGAAAACAUCUACACCCAACACACACCCCUCCUAAAAGACACCCUAGAAGACCUCAUAAAGGGCAAACUGCGCGAAAACCUUUACCCUACUCUAGGCGGCGACGAAUCCUACGGCCGACGACCCCAGGAUAUUAUAGUUUUCAUCGUAGGAGGCGCCACUUAUGAGGAAUCUUUAUGCGUCCAUCAGAUAAACCAGGCGUACCCUGGUGUAAGGGUGGUGCUGGGUGGGACGACUAUACAUAAUUCUGCGUCGUAUUUCGAGGAGGUGAAGGCUGCGAUGCAGGGGGUUCAUAGGAUACAUACGAGGCAUAUUAGGAAUGUUUAAAAUGCUUGCCAGGUUGUUCUUGUAUGUUCACGCAUUCCAAAAUUGUUUCGAUAAUAAAAUGAAGUCGUGAAUCGGACUCUUGUCGCCUUUAUCCUCGUCCUGCCCAAUGUGAUUUAUAAAGGGCAUACUCCAAAAUUUGGAAAUUAUAAAUUAAAAGCCUGGAUAUGAAAAAAAAUCCCUUUAUUUUUUUGGUUUUACCUAAAUCGUGAUACCAAGGAAAAUCUACCCUAUGCAUUAAAUUAUUUGGUUUAAAUUUCAAUGGCUCUAACUAUAUAUGGCGGGCUGGACGAGGUUAUCAAUUUGCUGCCUGAGACAAAGGGUUAGGAUUCAAAAUAAGGGCUAGAAACAUUCUAUUCAGGCUGCGUAGUCAAGACGCCAACCCUUCUGGUAAAGCCAGUUUAAAAACAUGACCUAAAGACGAUAUUUGAUGUACUAAUUUCAUGGUGGUAACUACUGAUUAUUAUAUAGUGAUUUUAAUGUAGUAUUUUUAAGCUUUACAUACUUACGCAAUUUAUUUAUUCCUCUAAUCUUAAGUAUUGUAACUUUAAUAAAUAAAACACGUGACUGUUGUGUUCAAAA